AUGUCAUUUAAUUCAAUACAAACAUCAAUAUUAAAUAAAAAAAAUGAUAAUGAUAAUAUAUCAGAUGCUGUACAUAAAACUCUAAUUGAUAGUCUUUUACGUAAACGACAGCUCUCUUCUUAUCUUAGACAUCGAAAUAUAAUACAAUUAUUUGGUGUUUUACGAUCAUUAUCAAGAAGAAAUCUUUAUCGUGUUAUGAAAUAUACACAUGAUGGUGCAUUAAUUUAUCUAUUACAAAAAAAAGAAAACCUGAUCUUUAUUCAAAUGUAUUUAUUCAUUAUGCUAAAUAAAUAG